UUUGCUCUUUACCUGCUUGCCCUCACUCUCAGUAGCAAGUUCAUUCCUUCACUGGUGUGAGCUUACUUCUUGAGGAUUCUGCCAUAUACGGAAGACCAGCUGAGAUACCCAGCCUCAUGGACAGAACAACUACUGGAUUCUUGGACUUUCCAUCAGGAGACAGCUAUUAUUGGAAUAGUCGUAUGUGGGAACUGCAGUCCCGAGUUUAUAUCCCUGCCCCCAUUUGAGGUGCUUAUCUGCAAGGAAAACAUAAUAAAUUCCCUCUGCUCCUGGAGCGGGGAAGGAAGGAAUUUUAAGUGCAUGGUGACCAGUCCUUGAUCCCUGCUAGGGUCAGGUUACAGUCCCUUCACAGCCCCCUCCUCAUUUGGUGCCAUGGUAUAAAACCAGCAGACAAUAAAAGAAGCUGUUCCACCUCAAGCUCAUGCUCUGUGUAUUCAUUCAACCUGGACACCCUCCGCCGAGACUCUUGGUUCCAGCCCGCGCUGGCGCGGCAUCUGGAGGUCCCACCGAGAUCGGAAAGUGAGAUAAACAAGGUCUAUCAGCAAUGGAAAGACAUUGGCAGAAAUCCCCUCAAUCUCUGGGCUGGGUUAUAUGGAAGGAUAGUAUCACGGGACAAUGGCAAUCACCCACACCUAUGCUGGCUAGGGUGAGGGGAGCCAUUUAUGUUUCCCUCUGGGUGCCGGAGCAGAAUGUUCGGCUGGUGGAGUCAGGCCCUACUGGCCCUGAUAAUAUGGGUUCAAGUGAAGAACAUCGAGGGAGGCCUGAGAUGGGCACUGGUGAGGAAUCCACCCAUACUGAUGCCGGUAAGUAAAACAAGCUCUGUUUCUCCAUCCUUUUACUCCACCAAUUAUACCUUGGGAGUUCCUGCAGCAAAUACAGCACUAGAAAGAUCCUCACUGGGUAAUUUAACAUUUGCUAUAUCCCAUGCCCUCUGCUUCCAGAGGAUUAACAAUAUUUCAGUGAUGCCUAGUGCCUCCCUUUCUGGACCAUGUGUGGUCCUUAGUAAUUAUUCUCUGCGAGACUUUUCUUCUAAUCUUCUGGACAACCCUGUUUUGGAUUGAGAGAUAUCUUUUACCCAAUAAAUUUUAAAAGAAAUGUUUCUGGACUCCCUACCCCUCCGAGACCAGCUCCCUUAUGUUGGAAGACGCCACAAUCCUUCAAAUUAUAUUUACCAUUGCCUUGGGGAAAUUGUGCUCCUAAGGAACCUUGGAAAUUGGAGGGAGAUAAAUAUUUAUGAUGAUUUGGUCACCGACCUACCUUUAAAAACUCCUUGGGAGGGGCCUUUGAUUUUUCCUAUAGAAAUCCAAAUAUGGCAGGAGUUUCACCUCUGUUCGCAGGCAUGUUUCUCUGCGGCCCUCGUGCAUGUACAGAUAUUCGACCUUUAGCCCUUCAAAGGGGCUUGGCCUUCAAUGCCACAGCCCGAUGGAACACAUCGGACAUCUUUGAAACCUCCCUCCAGAUUAACUAUGCAGCGGGAAUGACUUUCUCUAUUGUCAGCCUAGCUUGUGUUCUACCUCCCUUUAUGUUUGUUUCCUUUAAUGGGUCGGUCGGGGAGGAUGGUGUCCUUAAUUGUUCUUCCAGCUCCUGCUUUUUGAGCAACUGCUGGUCCCCGACGGAUGAGUCCGUGCUGAUGGUGAGAAUUCCUGCCCUGGUUCCCCUGGUGGUAGAAGACCCACAAGAUGGACGAGAGCUUACCUUGUAUAGAGAAAGGAGAGACUUUGGGAUCACGGCCGCAGUCAUCACAGCUAUCGCCAUAUCAGCCACAGCCGCCACCGUUGCAGGAAUCACCGUGUCCCAGAGUGCAGCUACUGCAGAGACUGUUAACACUCUUGCUGCCUGUGUUACCCAGGCCUUAGAAACUCAAACUACCAUUAACCCACAUAUUCAAUUGGGGAUGUUAAAUUUAAACCUGCAAACGGCCUUACUACAGGAACAGAUUAAUAUGUUGUGGAUGGUGCAACAAGCCUCUUGUUCUCAUUUUUAUCAUUCUGCCUAUGUAACCCUUAUGGAAAUGAAAAAUAUGUCCUUUGAGGUGCAACGCCUUAAUGCUUACCUUAGGGGGCCUUGGAAUGAUUCCUUUGUAAAAUUUACCCACUCUUUGGUACAUCAAAUCAUUGCAAUUAAUGAAACUCGUGUUGAACCCAUAUCUGCUGAGGGAUGGUGGAAUACCAUGGCCCAGAUUGGGGGUUGGGCACAGCGAUGGGGAGGUGCCUUAUCCCAGGGGAUCUUGGGACUAGUAGGGGUGGCAGUAGGCCUGCUCCUCUUAAAACGUGUCUUAAAUAUCUUCAUCCUGACUGAGCUUGUCCACCAUCAGGUGUUACUCAGUCUGGCGCAUGACUCUUCCGGAAGUCAUGAAGUGUGGCUACAGAUGCUGAAAAAAUGAGGGUCUCCAAGGACGGGCAACCUGUGGGGAGACCCCUCACCUAAGACAGGGCAGCGGGGGCCCUAUGACUGGUAAGGGAAGGUACUUCUCUAACAGGACCUAAGACAGGACCCCUCAUUAUAAAAUAAAAUAGGGGGAAUUGUGGGAACUGCAGCCCCGAGUUGAUAUCCCUGCCCCCAUUUGAGGUGCUUAUCUGCAAGGAAAACAUAAUAAAUUCCCUCUGCUCCUGGAGCGGGGAAGGAAGGAAUUUUAAGUGCAUGGUGACCAGUCCUUGAUCCCUGCUAGGGUCAGGUUACAGUCCCUUCACAGCCCCCUCCUCAUUUGGUGCCAUGUUAUAAAGCCAGCCUAGCAGACAAUAAAGAGAAGCUGUUCCACCUCAAGCUCCUGCUCUGUGUAUUCGGUCAACCUGGACACCCUCCGCCGAGACUCUUGGUUCCAGCUCGCGCUGGCGCAGCAGUCAUAUACCUAUACGCUAUGCUAAUA